UUCAGCCUGCGUCCUCUGGAACCUGACAGCCAGGGCUACUUAUACCCUGCCUUGAAUGUGCUCAUUUAUAUCUCAUCUCAGACUCCGUGUUUAUUGUUAGCAGAUGUCUUAGGAUUCUGGAGUUCCUAAUUCAUUGUGGGGGAUGGAAAUGCCAGAAGAAAGUUCAGCUGUUGACCCAACAAUCAGAUUACAAGAUGAUGGACAUGGCAUAUAUCAACAAAAAUUGGAAAUGCAGCGAAAUAUUCAUGAGAAGAAACAGAGAAGGAAACGCCUGGAUCCUCUAAUGCUUCAAGCCAAUCCAGAUAUGAAAAUGAAGCCAUGGAGGUCUCCAAAGCCUGAGGAAGUACUACUGGUGGAGGCAUGCACUGUGUCCAGCAUAUAUUCAGGGAUUACCAAUCCCACCAUAUUAGAUGAAAUUCAUGCAAGUCCCAGUCCAAAGACCUGCACAAAGAAUAUGAAGGCUGAUCCCAAGAUAGAGAAGAAGAAGAUGCAACACCAUGGAGCUGAGAUUUCUGAUGAUGAUUUGGAAGAGAUGAUACUUGAAGACACCAGACCCCUAACUAGAAAGAAAGAACAAGUCCAAGCCAAACCAAAGCAGAAGACCAAGACCAAGGCGGGGAAACAUGAUGUCAAGGAAUCCAAGAAAACAUCACCCAAGGUGUCAAAGACUCCUCGAGCAUCAGCUUCUCUUGCUCAUGAUUGUGAGAAGGAGAAUACACCACAGAACAAAGGCGUUGAUAUACAACCUCAAGAUUCCAUUCAAGAAAUAACAUCUGAUAAGAUGGUUGCUUUUAAGAAUUCCAGUGAUGACGAGAAUUCAGUGAGUGUAGGGAACCGAACAGUUCCUCCUGCUCCUGUGAAACAACGCCGUAAAAAGAAGCCACAGAAAACAGUAAAAUCCAGAAGAAGACAUAAUUCCAAUGAAGGAGAUACCAACGGAACAGAAGACAAUGACUUUGAUGAAGAUUCUGAUAUCCUUAGCAGUGUUGUUUAUACAAGACCAAUGUCUUCUUUGAGUAAGGAGGAAGACUCACCGAUUGCUGCACCUCUUGAAAUUGAUGAUUUGAAAGACUUUGCUUUACGCCCAGCUCCCCAAAAUAUGACUUUGCAGUGCCGCAUCACUAGGGACAAAAAGGGAGUAGACAGAGGACUGUACCCUACCUACUACCUUCAUCUAGAGAGAGUUGAUGGGAAAAGACUUUUCCUCAUGGCUGGAAGAAAGAGGAAGAAAAGCAAAACCUCCAAUUAUCUUAUCUCAGUGGAUCCCACAGACCUCUCACGAGGAGGAGAAAGUGUGAUUGGGAAAGUCAGGUCAAACAUGCUUGGAACCAAGUUCACGAUAUUUGACAAUGGAGUAAACCCUGACAAGCAGCCAUUUGUGCAGGAGAGGGAAUCCCUCCGCCAGGAAUUGGUGUCUGUAUCUUAUGAAACCAAUGUUUUGGGAUUCAGAGGACCCAGGAAAAUGGCUGUCAUUAUUCCUGGGAUGAACCAGGACUGUGAGAGAGUAUUCAUAAGGCCACGCAACGAACAUGAGACCCUUUUAGCUCGAUUUCAGAAUGGAAAUAUGGAGAAUAUUUUAGUUCUCCACAACAAAGCACCAUCAUGGAAUGAGGAGACUCAGUCCUACGUUCUGAACUUCCAUGGACGUGUCACCCAGGCCUCUGUGAAGAACUUCCAGAUAAUAAAUGAUGAUGACCCGGAGCACAUUGUCAUGCAGUUUGGACGCGUCGCAGAGGAUGUUUUCACCAUGGAUUUCAGCUAUCCGCUGUGCGCCCUACAAGCGUUUUCCAUCUGUCUGUCCAGUUUCGACAGCAAACUUGCCUGCGAGUAGAGUUUGAAUAAUACAUCAAAGUAGGCUGCAUAUGGAACCUAAAGGGGACUGUCACCAGGCUUAUGCUGCCAGAGGUAGCCCUGGCAUUCAUGGGCACCAGGCUUCCCCCAGAUGAAUGACAGAUUUGCUGUAUAUAGGGAGAAGGCUGCCAAUCCACAGUGGAGGGGUAGGUGAGCUGGCAGUUCAUGGAUGACGAAGACUACAGAAAGCAUGCAUUACCAGUGCCUGCCUCCUGCUGACUUUGAGAAAACAACUGCACAAAACAAAAUGACCCCUGGUGAAAUCUAAGGGGGCUAUUCAUCAAACUGGUGUAAAGUAGAACUGGCUUAGUUGCCGAUAGCAACCAAUCAAUUUCCACCUUUCAUUU